CCCGUUGACGGCCCUACCUGUGAGGCGUUUCCCAAUGGACUUUACCUUGUCAGCGCGUACCGGAAGGGGAAGGAAGUCUUGUUGUAUCGUUCUGCAUUUACCAGCGAUAGAGCCGCACGAAGAUGGCUGAUUCCCCAGCAUCCGACAGUUCCCAAGGGUCCGCAGACGACUCAAACGCCCAACAGGCGACCGCGAAAGCGCCGGCACUCAAGGACAAAGAAUGCCACUUCUGUCACCAACACUUUACCUCGUCGUCCCUAGGUCGGCACCUUGAUCAAUUUCUCUCCAAAAAGAAGCCGGAUGGUAUACACGAUGUGGAAGAGAUCCGCAGGCUGCGUGGUGGGAUCACGCGGCGCACAGCACGAAGCUCGCGGAAGGACAAGGAUAAGAAAGAGCAAGGCGAUUCAGUAUCCUCGCAAGCCUCUCCAGCCCCAGGCAUGCAGGUGGACGCUGUCCCGACCAACAUUACCGACUUGAAUCGUGUUCCUCCUGGUGGAAUGCAUGUCCGGUUGAACAGGCUGAACUGGCAGGCGACGGGAGUGAUCACUGACCCAACCACGCUCGAUUCACCUGUUACUGCCGUGCCUCCCACUCCUGCAGCUUUGUCAAGUCCGUCAGGCGUCAAGCGAAGCUUCUCUACCUAUGUGCAAGACCUGAAUCCUGGAUCCAAUGCUGAGACGACCCGCGCACUCGAACUCGCUCUACGGGAAGUGCUCGAUUCUUUGCGCGCUGCUACGAAGCAUGCCUCUCCGCAACCAUCGCCCUUCAAAUUCGACAUCCAGUCUCAGACGUAUCCUUCUCUGUGCCUGAAACUGCUCCCCGCGCCUGCCACUCUGUUCCAAGUCUCGCCGUUUUCCACCCCACAAUCCAUACCGAUUUCGCCUCCAGGACCUGACCAGCUCCAACCGCUCCGACAGAAGCUAUCUACGACGAUUGACUUCUGGAAAUGGCAGGCCCUGCGACUUUCGCAGCCAACCACCUCCAACAUCGCAGAAGAAGCGGACUUUUUGAGUCGGAACGCGGCCCAAUGGACCGAGUCGACGCUCAACCACCUCGAGGUCUGCUACCAGAACUGGAUGGUGCAUCCGAUCGAAGUGCGCAAUCUACUGUGGCAGGUCGAGCUGUUGAGGUCAUACAACACCGAACAGCAAAGGGUGGCGGAGCUGGAAGAGAAACUCGAGUCUCUGCAGCAGGAAACCAAUCAGCUCCAGCAGCAAGUGGAAUAUUUGUCCCGCUGCCAGUGGCCCAGGGAGAUGGCGCUGUGGCCGCCUGAGCGGAGGACCUUUGGACCCUCCAUGCGCGAAGAGUUGCGGCUGAUCAAUCUGAACAAGGUACCUGGCGCUGAGGGGCCCGAAGAAUUGGUCCAGGUGUCGGAUAAUGUCAACACCAGAGGCGAUAAAUGGGACUUUGACAGGCUCGUCAGCAAGUGGAAAGCGCAUAUCCGAGAGGACAAGAGCAGACGAAUACCGCAGAGUGUCACGCCAGCAGAUGGCGGUGCGAAAGUCGCCGACUUGAAAAGGUCGCAGACCGAACCUGGAGUUAAUGGGCUGUCAAACGGGCAAUCGCCUAAUCACGACGAAAGACGGAAGAGUUCGAGGAGUCAGAAGGGGAACAUCAAUAUAGUGUCUGAUUUUUAAUGAGUAGUAUUAUUCUUUCGAAUGCAGUUUGUACUCUGCAAAAUCAUGUCCAGAGGGAUCCCCGUCCCAUUUUUGGUGUCGAUUCUUUA